AUGCGCGCUAACAUCGGUCAUCACCCUCGACCAGGCUACUACGAGAUAUACUGCCAGCUCUGCGGCGUGAGCUUCAACAUUAACCGCUCCCGGACCCGCAGCGAGCCUCGGUCCGCCGCCUGGGCCGACUCUUCGGCCACGACGCGGAACGGAUUGAGCUGGGAGCCGUACAACAGCUACUACGACUGUCCGCGCGACGGCGACCGCCGCUGCUGCCUCGUUCACCGUGGGCUUCUGCCGUGGCAGCUCGAGAAGAGGGAGGCCACGUCCCAUGGCCUGUAUGAGGACGACCCGGAAGACAGCGUCCGUGACGCGGGCCCUACGCACGAGCCGCCGCGCAAAGAGUCCAAUGAGGACCUUCCAGGGUACGAUUCUGGAUUAAGCGCUGUUGGAGAGGAAGACAAGGUCAAGGGCGACGUGGCGAGUGAAGAUGGUAACGCUGGACGCGGGUGGACCUUCUCCGUCCAAGGCCCUCCGCCCCCCACGUUUGACACGGAGUUUCUCCCCCUGUCAACGAUUGACUACUUGGAAGACGAGGAGGAAGACUAUGAUGAAGGUGUCAGUCUGCAGGCAAGGAGAGAGAAGCAACGCCUGCGGCGUGAGAAACGCGGCGAGUAUGAGCACGUUGCCGGGCCCGACUGCCAGCACACCAACUGCUACAACGGCCACAACAUCUCGGUGGAGCAAAUGACGGACUGCCUGACGGCCCAGUGCCUUUACAUCAAGCCCGACAACUGGGAGCCACGGCCCGACGACAUGGCGUUCGAGGCCACCUCUCGGUACUGCCUCACUGGCCUGGCCGGGAACGUGCCGUCCGGGGGGUACGGCAUCAAGUUUGCGCCCACCCGGCACGGCUUCGCCGAGGGCAAGGUGGACAACGACGACAACGUCUGGAUAGAGACGGAGGAAGACCAGCGCGAGUCAGGCGUAGCCUUUCAUCCUGCUUGCUUCGAGAUCUUUACAGUCGUCAGCAACCUCGUUCUGGGCAAGGUCGACCCUGACGGCCUCGUUCGCCUGCGCAACCUCUGCUGCAUAGGCCAGGUGCCGACCUUUGCCGACUGGGCUGACGACGUCCUCAGUUCCAGAGACCAGGUGUGGGAGCACUCGCCGGGAACCGAAUAUCUCGCUGCCAACCCGCUCUUCGUGCCCGAGUUUCGCACCAUAUGCGAACGCGCCAUGAACCAAGGCGAUGAUUUCGACGUGCGACAAAGCCCGUUCGAGCCCCGCCGCCAACGGGACACCUCAGCGGCUGCCUCGUCAGAUCCCUUCCUCAAGCUCCACGUGGAGCUGGUUCACGAGAUUGUCGGCUACCUCGAUUCCCAAGACAUCGCCGCCUUGCGUGCAUCGUCGCGAGCCUUUGAGCACCUCCCCAUGUCCAUCUGGCGCAGGCUCCUGAUUGACGAAAUGCCCUUCCUGUACGAGGCAUGGCGCGACGACGCCACACCCUACAACUGGGCCUGCCAUGACGUGCAAUUAUUACAGACUCUCCGUCUCCAUGAGGAAGAGUGGCGAGCGAAACGAUGGUGCAAGGCUCGCGACCUCGAGGACGUCGACAUGGAGGCUCACGCCGCCUACUUGGCGACUACGCCUGAGGAGCCACCUUGGCAGGACGGACCCGAAGUGAACAAGAUGCUGGAGGAAGCCUGCACCAGGAGGAAAGCAACAGGCCCGAUAGCGCUGCCUCGUGACAGGACAAACUGGUACCAGCUGUAUCGGGACAUCGUCACCAAUUGGAGUCAUCUUCUGGGACUCAGGAACCGUGAGCGAAUUUGGGGAACCAUCCAUGACAUUUGCGAGCGUAUCAGGAGUAUCCAGGAGGGCGACCAACCCAUGACCGAUUCUUGAGGC